GCGGAGGUUUAUCUGAUGCGGUUCUUCACGAGGUGCUGUUUGAAAGAGGUGAACCUUUAUCUGUUGAUAACGACAUGCAUCUACCUGGCCUGCAAGAUUGAAGAAUGCCCACAGCAUAUAAGGACGAUUGUGUCUGAGGCCAGGAACCUGUGGCCGGAGUACAUAUCGCAGGAUAUUUCGAAGGUUGCGGAGUUUGAGUUCUACCUCAUUGAGGAGAUGGAUACGUAUCUCAUUGUCCAUCACCCUUACAGGUCGCUGAUGAUCAUAAACGAGGUGCUCCUGGAGUAUAACCAGAAACAAGCAGGGUCUUCGACACAGUGGAACUUGUCACCAGAGGAAUUGCAGUCUAGCUGGUCCGUUAUAAACGAUUCGUACGUUACCGAUCUACCACUGCUAUACCCACCACACAUAGUGUCUGCGGCGUCGGUAUACCUAACGCUGGUGCUGAAGUACAACCACAUCACGCAUCUCCACAACGAGAGCAUAUCGUCGUCGGUGUCACACCAAGCGAGCAUAGCUGCCAAUGCCACGACGAGUGCGUCGACGAGCACCCCCACCAACAGCACAGCCAAUAGCACGACCAACAGCACGGCCCAUGCCACCAACCCAGCCAACAAUGCUGCCAGCAGCACCAUCACCGGCGGAGCAGCACCAUCGUCAUCACACCAUGGAGCGCAGAACGAAGGGCUCAGGGUAUUCAUCCAGUUCCUGGGCUACUCCAACAUCGACCUCGAGGAAGUGAUAGAAGCAGUCCAGGAGAUGGUCACCCUAUACGAGGUGUGGGAGAGCUACGACGAGGCCAAGUGCAAGAAGUCCCUCGAGCUUGUUCUUCUGAACAGGUGAAGCUCUCUUUCAGGCCCUCUCGAACCAGUAUCGCACCAAUUGAUGGUGUAUAUAUACCUCUAUAUAUACUGUCACUAGACAAAUCACACAGUAGGGUAACCGCC